GUCAAUAGUAAACCAACGCAAAUAUGGGUGUAGCAGACAAAGUAUACGGUGAAUACCCAGUCUACUUUAAGCAACCAAUCAGAUGGUUGAAAUAUCAUGCACACACAAAACCACACUUUUUUUGGUCAAUUGCCUUUGGAUUAUCAGCUCCAGUAUUAUUGUUAGCCACUCCUAUAAGAAGAAAGUACUUGUGGGCCGACCAUGAACCAAUUCCUCGCACCUAUCCUUUGCCCAAUAGACCAAGAGACAAAAACUUGUCGGGAUACGAUGAUUAACCGCAUAUAGAUAAUACUACAAAACGUG